AUGAAUGCUGCUGUGCAAAUGAUAUCUGUGACAAUACUCAAUGUGGAGUUCAUAACUGGGAAUUUGUGGAAUGGAUUCAUAGCACUGGUGAACAUCAUGGACUGGGUAAAGAGAAGAAAGAUCUCUUCAGUGGAUCAGAUUCUCACUGCUCUGGCCAUCUCCAGGAUCAUCCUGCUGUGGUCACUGUACAUUUUGGCAUCAACAUUUUCAUUGUACCUAGAUGCAGAAGUGACUAUGAAAACAGUAAGGCUGACUAAUCUUACCUGGGUAAUUUCUAACCAUUUUAGCAUCUGGCUGGCCACCAUUCUCAGCAUCCUUUAUUUUCUCAAGAUAGCUAAUUUUUAUAACUCUAUUUUCCUCUACCUAAGGUGGAGAUUUACAAAGGUGGUUUCAGUGGCAUUGUUGGUUUCCCUGUUCCUCUUGUUUCUAAAUAUUUUAGAGGCAGAAAUACAAAUAGCUUUGUGGAUGGAUCAGGUCAAAGCAAAUUUAUCUUUCAGCUACAAAUUAAAGAAUUUUACACACAUUCCCAAGAUUCUUGCAUCAACAAACACUAUAUUUACAUUAAUACCUUUCACUAUGUCUAUGACAAUGUUUUUUCUGCUCAUCUUCUCCCUCUGGAAACAUUUGAAGAAGAUAAAGUACAUUGCCAAAAGCUCCAGAGAUGUCAGCACCACAGCUCACAUCAAAGUCUUGAAAACUGUGGUUGCCUUCCUCCUGCUGUAUGUUAUUUUCACUUUUUCUCUUUUUGUACAUCUUUGGAGUUAUGAGUUUGAAGAAAAGUUUUUUUUCAAAUAUUUUUGUCCUGUUGGUGUUAUUGCCUUUCCAUCACUCCAUUCUUAUGUCCUGAUUAUGGGAAACAGUAAGCUGAGGCAGACCUCUCUUCUGGUACUGUCGCUGUUAAGGUACAAGAUCCAAGGAUGUGGACCCUUAGGUCUCUGA